AUGUCGAAUAAUUCGUCCAGUACUGAUCAUGACAGUGGUCUUGAUUAUAUUUUACUUUUUCGUCUUAUUGUUUGGGGUUAUUUUGGAAUGGUUUUAAGUCUCUUUGGUAUUAUUGGAAAUAUCAUUACUAUAUUAGUACUUAUAUCUCCAUCAAUGCGUACUACAUCGACAAAUAUCUAUUUGACAGCAUUAUCAUGUUCAAAUAUACUUUUUCUUCUAAUAUUUAUACCAUCAUAUUCGAUGAGAUAUUUAUUAGGUUAUCGAUUAUAUAUAUCAAAUCAACCUCCAUUUGCAUUUGAAAUAUUAUUAACACGUUUACCAACAUCUCCUGUAUAUAAUACUAUACUUCUUUCAAUUAUUUAUUUAACUAUAGCUGUAUCAAUGGAUCGUUUAAUAUUAAUAAAAUUUCCAUUAAAAGCUAAACAAAUUUUAACACAACGUGCAACAUUAAUAACAAUAUUAUUAAUUUAUAUAUUUUCUAUUGUUUAUUGUAUACCAUAUUGGUUAGAACAACGUUAUAUACCAGAAUUAAAACAAUGUCGUUUAACAGAUAUUGGUAAAAAAAUUCAUAAAUAUACACGAAUAUAUAUUUAUAUACCUGUUGUUUAUUUAAUACCAUUCGUAACAUUAACAUGUAUAAAUGUAACUAUAAUACAAAAUUUAAUUGCUACAAAACGUCGUAAAAAAAAUUUAUGUGGUAAAAUAAAUAAAAAAAAACAAGCUGAUAAUCAUAUAACAUUAAUGCUUGUUACAGUAAUUAUUGUUUUUGUUUUAUGUCAAUUACCAUUAUUAAUACUUAAUGCAUGGUAUGCUAUUGAUCCACAUGGUUCAUAUGAUAGUAUUUUAUUUCAUUCAUUAAAUUCAAUUGGUAUAUUACUUAUUGUAUGUAAUACAUCAACAAAUUUUUUACUUUAUUGUUUUUUUGGACAAAAAUUUCGACAAACAUUAAUUGAAUUUAUUUUACAUAUUCUACCAAAACAAUAUAAACAACAGACAAAUAUACAAAAACGAUCAUCAAAAUUAAUUCAAUUACAACGAAAACAAUCAAUAGAAAAAACUUAUGAACAAAAACAACAAGUAUUAUUAAAAAAUUCUCAAUCAAUAACAAAUUCUAUUAUUAAUAAUAAUAAUAAUAAUAAUAAUAAUAAUAAUAAUAAUAAUAUAGAAUCGAAUGAAUUCAACCAACAAAUAAUAAAUGAUAAUAAAUCAAAUCAAAAUUCACUUCAAAGUACAUCAAUUAAUCAAGAAGAAUCAUGUCCAUUAAUAACAAAAUCUGAAGAAAUUUUAAUAAUGGAUGAAAAUUUUCCAUUAAAAUUUGAUCAACCAUUUCGUUUAUGUACAAGUGCAAAUGGUAAACGAAUAUUAUUAUUAAGAAUUUAA